AUGUCCUGUUGUCCAUUCAUGCACGGAUUCACUUUACGAUCCUCUUCGGAACCACAACAACGGCAAAUCCAUCAUUCUCAUCAUCCUCUUCUCAACAACCAGUUCGAAAAUUCUCCAAAUUCCUAUGCUUCAUCUUUGAUGAUCAUUCAUUCCAUCACGAAUUUUAACAAUGACAACAACAACAACAACAACUCGACCUCUUCAACAGCUCUCUCCUGCAAUACUCCUUCGUGUAUUGUUCCUCUCAUCCUCGUACCGUGUGGUCUUGUAUUCAUCUUUUGUGUCAUUCCCAUCUCGGCCUAUUUGGCUCAUUUCACAGUUGCCAAUUCACACGAUGGAUGUGAUUUUGCAAAAUGGAUGUUUAGAAAGAAUCAUAAUAACAAUAACACGACUGGUACUACUGACACGCAACAAGAAGAGAUUGUCCAAAAUAAUGUGAAUCCUCAUGAGGGUCAUGAUGAUGAAAACUUUUCAAAUAUGCAAGAUGCAACCAAUGCUGUCGUUUAUUACGAACGAAGAACAAGUCAUGAUGAAAGGCAUGUUUAG